AAAGAGAGGAGAGGAGAGGAGAGCAAAAGGAAAGGAGAAUGUGUGAGAGGAAUCGUGUGAGAAGAGCACCUUCCUGAUCACACACACCGGAUGAGACGAAACUUGCUAUGAAAACGUCAGUCGCGUGCCGACCAGCAAACCAGUCGGAUCAUUCAACCUUUUUCUUCGUAACAUACUCGUUCAUUGACGUUGUCGUCAUUAUUUCAAAAGUUUAUUUAAUUACAACUCGACGUUUAAUAUUUAUCAAUCCCCAAUUAUUAAGACAAACACAAACAAGUAAAAUAUUGUUCAUCGUUAUUUAAUUGAUUAUUAAUUGAAAAGAAAAAGAAUAAAAGACCAACAACUGAUCAGGAUUAACUAAACGAAGCAUGAUCGGUGAUAAUUCAAUUAUCGCGAAGUUGAUAUAUAACGUUAGAUCGGUAAGGAUCUGACGUUUAUAUUAUUGACAACGUCUGAAGGAGGGGGACAUACGUUAUUUUUCUUCUUUUUUUUUUUUUCUCCUGAGGAUCAAAGAAGAGGAUGCCGAAGAACAGUAUGUGGAGACAAAGGCGAGUAGUCGUUCCUAAGAGAACCAUCGAGCUUAUCGCACUUAUGGGUAUUUCCUGUACGCUUUUUCUUUUUCUACACACGAGAGAACUUCAUUCGCGUCUUAAAAAAAUGGAAGUACGUUUGCAGCCGGGUGAAGAUGAACUUAUAUCUGGGAAACAAUUGUCAUCGGAAGGAGUUCAAAUGGAAUCUACGCCAAGCGGGAACGAUCAUUAUUCGAACUUGCAGCGCGUUACAGAGAAGUAUGAACAAACGGAGGACAUUGAUGGAUUGAACAACACGAAAAGAGCCGACAGAUUGGUACUUUUUUUCAAUCGCGUACCAAAAGUUGGUUCACAAACGUUCAUGGAACUUUUAAGAAGGCUUUCCAUGAGGAAUGGUUUUUCCUUCAACAGAGAUCGAGUUCAAAGAGUCGAAACUAUACGUCUUGCCCCAAUUGAACAGCUUCAAUUAGCCAGAAUGGUCAGCAGUUACUCGGAACCAUCGGUUUAUGUUAAACAUGUGUGUUUCACGAAUUUUACCAAGUUUAAUUUACCAGAACCAAUUUACAUAAACGUAGUUCGUGACCCAGUUGAAAGGGUUAUAUCUUGGUAUUAUUACGUCAGAGCACCCUGGUAUUACGUGGAAAGGAAACAGAUUUUCCCUGAUCUACCCUUACCCGAUCCAAAUUGGUUAAAGAAAGACUUUGAGACGUGCGUGUUGAAGGGUGACAGGGAGUGUCGUUAUUUGGAGGGAGAAAUACACGAGGGUAUUGGUGAUCAUCGUAGACAAACCCUUUUCUUUUGUGGACAUAGCGAAAAGUGCACUCCUUUCAACACGGUGGGAGCCUUAGAACGUGCCAAACUAGCUGUUGAGAAACAUUAUGCGGUUGUUGGUGUCCUUGAAGAUGUGAACACAACACUAACCGUCUUGGAAAAUUACAUACCUCGAUUUUUCCGAGGUGCAACUGAAGUUUAUCAUGAUCAAACACACGCAUUCACCAGUAUCAAUCGGAAUUUUUUCAAGCCACCCGUUAGCGAGGAAAUCAAGGAUAUCGUUCGUCAAAAUUUUACCCGUGAGGUAGAAUUUUAUCAAUUUUGCAAACAACGAUUGUACAGACAAUUGCGAGCAUUAAAAUUUACCAAUCACGAUAUAACUAUGAAUAAUCGUUUAUAGAAAAAAAAAAAAA